GACUGCUCAUCUAUCUAUGACCGCAGCCCCAGCGGCCUGCAGCUCCAAAGCAUGAUCAAUUAAACUGCUCUAUGCACAUAAUUGACAAAAGCUAAGUUUCCUACUACUGAUGGAAAAGGUUAUAUAGCAAUAUUUCCUAUCAGCAUGUAUUUUUGUGUAUGGUUCUCAACAUUUACUUUUUCAUAUUGUGUUGUCCAUUAUUCCACAGCUCACUCAUCAUUUGAAUCUGUCAGACCAUCCAGUCAUGUGCUGCAAGGGAUUCAGAGCAGGGUGUCAUCAAAAUUAAUGCGUUUUUCUUUAGGUUACAUGGUAAAUGAUAGUGUGGUGGAUGGAUGCUGGGAAAAGGUCGUGAGCAAAAUAUCUAUAAGAAAGUGUCCCACCUUUAAGGCAUUUUUAAAGAAAUAUGCUCUGGUGAAACUUCAGGAUGGAUUACAUCUAAUGGCAGCACUAGGUCAUGCCACUGUAGCACCAUCAAUAUAUGAUAAGGAUAUUUGUUAGAAUGAAUUUGGAGUCCAAAUGUCACUGACAACUUUUUGUUACAGCACUAUGCUUCUUUUUCUUGCAAUCCUCAGAACGUAGUCCUACUUUGCAACAACUGCAGAUGUCGUGACUGCCGUCGUCAUGACGACGGCAGAAGCUGCCGAGGGCCAUCGUCCUCUGUUACGGACUAGAGGUACCAUUUUUGAGCUGUUUAACCCACACAUUGCGGGUCUACGGAAAAUUGCUACCUCUGCUGGUAUGAAUGGUGCCAGUGCAAACAUAUGCUGAUUAUUGGCACAGCGAGCGCCGAAGGCCAUUUACGGAGAAUUGCAUUUGUUAAAGUUUGAACCAGUCAUUAUAGGCCGUAUGAUACUCUGUUUCUCCAAAACCAAAAUGCUCCUCGAAGAGAGCCGCAGUGCUUAAUGCCAUAUACAAGAAGACAAGGCCAUAACAAAGUUUCGUUGACCUCACACUCUAAUUGCCUCUUUUUAUAUUGUGCCCCUGGAUAUAGUCAUGAAUAGAGGCCGUAUUGUGCCGGAUUGUAAGCAAAAGUGCAAUAGCAAAUAGUGCGGCUGAAUAUCAUGCGGAACGAGGGCGUCUAAAGUCAUGUUCUGUUAGAUAGCGAAAUGUGGUAUCGCAUGAUAUGAUGAGGCUUUGAAGGAAUGAAGGCAAUGCUGGUUCCAGCACUGAGCGGAUAUCCGAUGGUCGCAUGUCUUCAGAAGAGGCAGCACCACCACUGGAGGCUGUUGCACGUUCAGGUGUGGGGAUCGAGAAACCCCAGCAUGCAUGCGAUACUUCCCCUCUCCUCCCCCUCACGUUCUGCGAGUGCACCCAGUAACCAGAAUCUGAAGUCUGGUAGGUAUCUUCCACCUUGGUUUUGUGGAACUGCGCACGAUGCGGUAUUGUUAUGGACAGCCGUUGGGCCGGAUUCGAGAGCAUUAUCCGGCAAAAAUUGUGAUCUAGCCGCACAGUGAAAUCCACUACCGUGUGGCUGAUAGUUUUGUGUCGUGAAAGUAUACACUUUGAAACAUUUUGGCACCCCCGCAUUGUUGACAUGUUUCCGCCAGUGAGGAAUGUCUCUCAGGGUGUGGGUGUUGGCCACACAGUUGAAUGCUCGGCUCCAGCUGCAUUCUCUGCCGGCGCCGACUCUCGACCGGGCAGUUGUCCAGUGCUGGUGGAGUAGGUUGAGUGGGGCGCCCUCGUUUGGGGGAUUGGCGCCAGCUGCAGGUUGUACUUUUUGCGUACAGUACUCAGAUGUUCGCAAGUGUACCUCUUAAAGCAGUCAUCUUUGUGAACUGCUCAACCCAGCACUUUUAGGACAACACUGUAAUCAUCGUAAAAGGACAAGCGAGGGAACGUAUGGAGCCAUACCGGUAUGCGCCGUGGCAACCGUGCGACGUAGCUCCGACAUCGUUCCGACGGCCGGACGGCUGUGCCACUGAGAGACUAGUCACUGAGAGUGAGCCAUGGAGUCUGGUCGCGCCGCAGCGUUCGUGACUGAGCUUCUGCGUGAGCUGUGCCGACUGUCGGACGAGGAGCGUCUGGCGCCGGCCUGUCAGGCGGCAUACCGGCGCACCUUGGCUGUCCAUCAUCCCUGGCUCGGCCGGAACGCUGCCCUGCUCGCCAUGUAUGCGCUCGGCACGCGCGGAGACACCCUGCUCAAGCUGCGCACGCCGUCGGCCGGCCUGGGGGACGACCUGGGCCUGGCGCAGUGUGUUGACGUCCUGCAUACAGUGCACAGCCAGACGGAGGAGCUGUUCGAGGAGCACCAGCUGACCCAGCUGCCCUAGCGCGGCUGGCCCCGGCCCACGACU